AUGAAUCAAGAAAUCUACGAAGAACUGCUCUUCGCAAGAACUUUGAUUACCGACUCUAAAGAAUUUCUGGAUACUAAAGAUAAAAUUUUAAACGAAAAUUUAAUGAAGAGGAAAACAGACAUCGCCUAUUUAACAGAUUUGUUUACAAAAUUUGAUAUGGUUAAUUUGCAAUUACAAGGCGACAGUUUAAAUUUGAUUAAAACAAAGUCCACCUUAUCAGCGUUUCUUGCCAGAGUUAAACUAAUGAAGCAAAAUAUUGGACGGGGCGAAUUUUCUCAGUUCCCCAAUUUGUCACAGACAAGCUGCCAGGAAGACGACGUUUCAACUUACGUUCAACAUUUAAAUGCCCUCUAUUCAGAUUUUGAAUCUAGGUUGGAGGAUAUUUUGACUAUGGUAAUACCACCGUGGAUAAUUAAUCCAUAUGGUGACACAGAAGAAACGAAUGUCACAAUACAAGAGGAACUGGCUGAACUAAGUACAAACGAAGAACUCAAGGUUCAGUUUAAAAACGGAUAUCAGCAAUUCUGUCUGCAAAACAACAUACCCGUUACUUAUCCCGUAUUAUGGAAUAUAGCGAGGAAAUUUUUAAUUUCCUUUCCAUCGUCAUACCUAGUGGAAAGGGGGUUCAGCGCUAACGAAAAAAGGACUGGACAUCAUUAA